UCCCUCUCUUUCUCUCUCUGGGCUGAAAGGAUACUCAUCAUCUUUGCUGAAGCGUCUCACAGCGGAGAAAAAACAUGGCAGCUGCGAACCGUGUCCUUAUUUACGGCGGAAAAGGAGCUCUUGGCUCGACAUGUGUGCAUUAUUUUAAGUCAAAAGGCUGGUGGGUUGCCAGUAUUGACAUCGUCGCGAAUGAAGAAGCGAACGCAAACGUCCUGGUGAAGCUCUGCGAGUCAUUCACCGAUCAAGCUGCUCAGGUGACAUCGGAUGUAGCCACUUUACUUGGGGAACACAAGGUUGACGCCAUUGUUUGUGUGGCAGGAGGAUGGGCUGGAGGAAACUGUAGCUCAAAAGACUUGUAUAAGAACUCUGAUAUGAUGUGGAAACAGAGUGUCUGGACCUCCACCAUUUCCAGUUAUCUUGCAUCGCUCCACCUGAACCCAGGAGGCCUGCUGACCCUCUCUGGAGCAAAGGCCUCACUGGAAGGCACUCCAGGGAUGGUUGGGUAUGGCAUGGCCAAGGCUGCAGUUCAUCAGUUGUGCAAGAGUCUGGCUGGCGAGAAUAGCGGUCUUCCAUCUGGAGCUGGAGCUGUGGCCAUUCUUCCGGUUACCUUGGAUACACCAAUGAACAGGAAAUUCAUGCCUGAUGCAGAUUUUGGGAGCUGGACACCGCUGGAAUACAUCGCAGAAACCUUCUACAGCUGGGCCACUGGGUCAGGUCGGCCAGCCUCAGGAAGCCUCAUACAGUUGGUGACUACUGGGGGGAAAACCGAGGCCUCGGCUGCUCAGUAAAGGGGCAACAGAGAUACAAAAAAAAAAAUACAAAAA